GUUUUACCUGAAUCAACGUAAAAUAAAAGGAACGGCGACAAGUGCUGUGAUCGAGGAUGUCUCGUAAGUGAAUGUAUAGCAAGAGACGCCGUAAGUGCGGGUGUCCUCGAGUUCGACUACAGAUCUCUAAACCGGUCGACGAAAAUGCGGGCGCGAUACGUCGUGGCAGUACUCACUAGCUUGUUAGUAGUCACUGACGAAGCGCCGCAAGAUACCAGGCACAAAAACUACAAUGAACAUCCGCGGGAAGCAUAUUUCAACGGAUCGGCGUUCCUGAAACUGAGCUCGUUCGUGUCGGUACAUAGGCACAGUGGGUUGAGUUUUCGAACCUGCGAAGGUGGCCGCCUGUUCAUACAAAAAUACAACGAGGAUUCGAUUAGUCUUGAAGUGACCCCAGACGGACUCUUGUUCGUUGCCAUUGUUGACCAGCAACGUUAUAAAGCGAGACUGAACGCUAGGCUAUUAAAUAAUGCCUGGCACAAUGUCAAUCUAUUUUUUAGACUCGGAAACCUCACUUUAAAUGCAGCAGGUCAUACACAGGUAAUUGCCAACGCAACGUAUAAUGCUGCAAUUCUUACGCUACCCGACUACGAUAUGAAUGGCUCCCUCGUCGUGGGAGAAGGAUUCAGAGGAUGCAUUCUCCAAGGUCCUGGCAUUCUUUUCAACGAUUCUAUCAAUAAUGGAGCAGCGUUUGGUCCCUGCCCCGCGGAAAUUCGCUAAUUAAUCUCUUAGGCACGGCGGAACUUUACGCGGGGCUGUGGUACGAGCGGACUCAACGGUGGUGUAGGAUCAAGUGCAAUCACCACCAUGGAUUUCUGUCAUCACGAGCCAUGCAUGAUGCAUGGUAAAUGCGUAUCACGACAGGAUCGUUACGAGUGCCACUGUUACGCGCGAUAUUCCGGCAACAACUGUCAAAUUGACAACGGUCCGCUGUGCACCAGCAGCCCCUGUCGCAACGGUGGUACCUGCAAUGAAGAUUCGAAAGGGGACUUUAGUUGCGUGUGCAAGCCAGGGUUCACCGGAGCUUUCUGCGAGUCGCAGCUUGGCGUACGACUUUGCGAGCAAAGCCCGUGCAGAAACGACGGUGUUUGUUUAGCGCUCACAGAGAGCGAGUACAAGUGUGAAUGCCUGCCCGGAUGGACGGGAAAGAAUUGUGAAACGAAUUUUAACGAGUGCUCUUCGAGUCCUUGCAAACACGGCGGAUCAUGCAUAGAUGGUAUCAACAAUUAUACCUGCAUAUGCGACAGAACUGGGUACGAAGGUGCAAACUGCGAAAUCGAUAUCGACGAAUGCUUAGCGAACCCCUGCUUGAACAACGGUGUCUGCUACGAUAAUUACGGUGGUUACAUCUGCCAUUGCCCGAACGGCUUCGAGGGUCAAAAUUGCGAAUUAAACUUAAACGAAUGUUUAUCGAAUCCCUGCAUGCACGGCGGGGAUUGUGUGGAUGACGUUGGCUCCUAUCAUUGCACCUGUCCAUCUGGAUACACGGGUCGGCAUUGCGAGCUUAGAAGUUUGUGCGAAAACGCAGCAUGUCCUUUGAAUAGCAUUUGCGUUGAAGACGCACACGGCCCGCAAUGCGUUUGUAAUCCCGGAUUCAUGGGCAAUCCCCCGAAUUGCACUAUCAAUUAUUGUGCCAGUAAUCCGUGCAGCAAUGGCGGAACAUGCACGAGCAACAAGGACGGAUACAACUGUACCUGUCCACCGGAGUGGAAAGGAACAACAUGCUUGUCACCAGCCUCGGAUUGGUGUUCUACCUGCUACAACGGAGGCAGUUGUCUCGAGACGCGUUUCGGUAUUAUGUGUCAAUGCCCGAGAUUCUGGACGGGACCACAAUGCAAGGAUCCGAUCACCUGUCGUGAUCUACCUUGCAAACAAGCUUCCGCUUGUCAUGAUUAUCCCGGCGGCUAUUAUUGCACCUGCGAGCCAGGAUGGACGGGCCCAGAGUGCUCGAUUGACAUGGACGAGUGCUCCAGUGAUCCUUGCCGCAACGGCGGAAUCUGCAUUGAUCAACAGAAUAGCUACUACUGUCAAUGUCUCCCGGGAUAUACUGGCAAAAACUGUCAAAUCAACGUGGACGAGUGCCUAUCGCAACCUUGUCAAAACGGUGGCACGUGCAUCGAUCGAAUCAACGGAUACAUAUGCAACUGCACGAAGGAUUUCAUGGACGAAAAUUGCGAACGCGAGUACAAUGCUUGCGCGGUAAAUCCUUGCCAAAAUAACGGGAACUGCACUUUGAUACCAAGGUCCCGGCGAGAGUUCAUUUGCGAAUGUCCCCGUGGUUUCGAAGGGAAAAUUUGUGACAUUAACGUGAAUGACUGCAUUGACGUGAUAUGUCCCGAUGGUAAAGUUUGCGUGGACGGUAUUGCAGGUUACGAGUGUAUAUGUCGCGAGGGUUAUAGAGAUCCUAAUUGUACCCUUAUUGUUGACCAUUGUGCGACGAAACCCUGCAACAGCGGUGUGUGUAUUGAUCUUGGGGAACAGGGUUUUGAAUGCAAGUGCAAAGACGGCUUCCAAGGUCAAUACUGUGAGGAAGAUAUAAACGAGUGCGAAAUAGAAGGCAGCUCGUUAUGCAACAAUGGUAUCUGCGUGAAUACGGAGGGCGGCUAUAACUGCUUUUGCAGACCAGGAUUCUCUGGAGAUCACUGUGACAUCGACAUCGACGAGUGUCUAUGCGGACCGUGCAAAAAUAACGCUACGUGCAUCGACGGUAUUAACACAUUCGAAUGUCAAUGUCCACCUGGUUAUUCUGGAAAAACAUGCGACAUGGAUGUAAACGAAUGCGAGAGUAAUCCUUGUUUAAACGGCGCGACUUGCGUCGACGAAAUUGCCAAUUAUAUGUGUAUAUGUUCACCUGGCUUCCGCGGAUUGAAUUGCGAGAUAAAUAUCGACGAUUGCGAGCCGUUGCCGUGUUUGAAUCAUGGCCAAUGCAUAGAUGGUGUAAACAAUUACACUUGCGACUGCAGCGACACCGGCUUCGAAGGUUUUCACUGCGAGAAAAAUAUCGACGAUUGCCGGUCGGAGCCCUGUAUAAACGGUGCUUUCUGUAUAGAUGACAUUAAAAAUUACAAAUGUCAGUGCUAUGCCGGCUAUACCGGUAAAAAUUGCGAGGUCGAUAUAAAUGAAUGCGAAAGUUCACCCUGUCAGUACAACGGCACUUGUCUAGAGAAAUCGAACAUGGAAUUAUACAAAAGUGACGCGGUAACGUUACCAUCGAUAUUUAAUCAAGAGUUCAGUUAUGCGAAUGCAAGCGGGUACGAAUGCCUUUGUGUACAAGGCGUCACGGGGAAAAAUUGCGAAGUGAAUAUUAACGAAUGCGAUAGCAAUCCCUGCCAGGCUGGAUCCUGCGUAGACCGCAUCGGUGGUUACACCUGCGAGUGUGACGACGGGUACGAAGGCGAUCAUUGUCAACACGACAUAGAUGAGUGUAAACGAUAUACACCUUGCGAGCAUGGCGUAUGCACCGAUGGAAGAGCUGAUUAUACUUGCACUUGUGAUCCAGAAUACGGCGGAAAAAAUUGUUCAGUAGAGCUGAUCGGUUGUCAAGGAAACGCUUGUCAAAACGGUGGCACAUGUUGGCCGUAUCUCGUCGAUGAAACUAUACAUAAAUUUAAUUGUACAUGUCCAAAUGGAUACCACGGAGAAAUUUGUGACUACGUAACGACAAUGUCCUUGAAUGGCAGCUCGUACGUUUUAGUGAAUACCACUCGAGACGAAGGAUACGACAUACAAUUCCGUUUUCGAACAACCUUACCAAAUGGAUUACUCGCUAUUGGAAAGGGCCUGACAUUUUAUAUACUUGAACUUGUCAACGGCAAAUUGAAUCUGCAUUCGAGUCUCUUAAACAAGUGGGAGGGUGUGUUCAUUGGCAGUGGUUUAAACGAUUCCACUUGGCAAAAAGUGUUUGUCGCUAUCAAUGCCACGCACCUAGUACUCUCAGCUAACGAAGAGCAAACAAUCUAUCCUAUUAGCUUGAACGAGGGCUCCAAUUCCAAUCACACGUCUUUUCCAAUGACUUAUGUUGGCGGUACUACCAAUUACCUGCGACGAUUAACUCAUGGCCCGUCCUUCUUCGUCGGCUGCACCGAAGAUGUUGUUAUUAACGGGGAGUGGGUAUACUCUGGAACUUCGUCAAAAACCGUGUAUAUGGAAGACGUUGAACCGGGCUGUCCACGCGAGGCUCAAUGUUCGCCAAACCGUUGUAAAAACGGUGGUCACUGUACAGACAGAUGGCGUGAUUUUUCCUGCAAAUGCGAAAGACCAUAUCUCGGACAUACCUGUCAAUAUAAUAUGACAGCGGCUACAUUUGGAUAUGAAAAUAUCACAAACAGUUACGUAACCGUGAAAGUAUCCGAUAUGGCUAGAAGAGCUGUCAGAUUAAUCGUCGAUAUCUCUAUGUUUAUACGCACAAGGCAAGAUAGGGGUGAUAUAUUUUAUUUAGGCUCAGAACCGAAUCUGCAAACGGAUCUUAAACCUCAAGAGAAAACUUACAUAGCAGCACAAUUGGAAGGAGGUGAAUUACUUGUUAGAAUACAGUUUAACGGUACAGAGGCUUACACGGUUGGUGGUGUGAAACUAAACGAUGGAAACAAUCAUCUUAUACAAAUAAUUAGAAACGUAACAUUGGUACAAGUGAAGAUUAACGGUACAGAGUAUUUCCGAAAAACUAUCAGUGCCUCUGGUCAACUGAACGUAACUGUCUUGUAUUUGGGAGGUUUACCACAAGCAUCCAGAUACAUACGACAAGUUGAUAAUCGGCAAAUAGAAGUAUCGCAGACUCCACAAGUUAACUUUAAAGGAAUUAUUCAAGACGUUCAGAUAUCCAACGGUAUCGAAACUAUGGUCGUUGAAUUCUUUCCUUUAAAAGCAAACGACAUUCCUACUCUGAAACAGUUCGGUAACGUAACUUUUGAUUACGAUAAAGUACUUAAGGGUGUAGUAUCCGAUAACGUGUGUGUGAGCAAUCCAUGUAAUCAUAAUGGAACUUGCCAUGUUACGUGGAACGAUUUUUGGUGUCAGUGUCCACGAGGAUAUACCGGCAAAACCUGUCAAGAAAUGGAAUUUUGUCAAUUACAAGAUUGUCCUGCUGGAUCAAAGUGUCAAAAUCUAGACGAUGGCUACGAAUGUAUCGCUAAUGCUACUUUCAAUGGAGUGACGACUUUCACAUACGUUUACAACCAAGUGGAGGAAAAGAAUGUGACCGAUACAACCAUCGAUACUAUUCAAAUUACAUAUAGAUCAAACACCGGCGGUACAUUGAUGCAUAUCGCGCCUCGUGUAGGCGCUCAGCAUUUCACAGUUUCCGUUUAUAAGGAUAAAAUCACAGUAUCUUGGCGGUUAGAUCUGCAAAAUCAGGGAAUACUGACUUUUGGUAAAGUAGAACCUGAUGGAAAUUGGACAUCCAUAGUACUUAGAUUAAACAACAAUUCCAUGGAAUGCGGAUACGCAAAUUCUAACGACGAAUAUGCGUCGCAUGUCAGUCCAAAUUUUAGUUUCUCUUUAUGGUAUGAUUUACUGAUUACUGGAACGGUGACACUUGGAGGACUCAGCUCUAUUUUAUCUGAGAAACAUAGUUACGUAACAAUCGGUUCCGGUAGACAAAAUUUAGAAAAUAAAAGCGGCAUUAAUGAGAAUUCGAUAGAUUUCACUGAACGUACAUUAACUACCGCUUCACCACCUUAUAAUAUAAUGUCAGGCGAAGCUUUCAAAGGAUGUUUGGGCGAAGUAAGAAUUGCUAGCAUGCUUUUACAUUAUUUUACAUAUGAAGAAGUUUAUCAAAACGCUAAUUUCACGCCCUUAGAAUAUUUAGCGUUACAAGAAAAUAAUUCGACACACCAUGAUAGUAUCGGCUGUCAACUUUGUUUUGACUUGGAUUGCAAAAAUGACGGUCACUGUCUUGAUAAAACAAGCAGUUACAUUUGCGAAUGUCCUGCAGGAUACACCGAAGACGAUUGCUCUUUUAACAUCGAUGAAUGCAUUGAUAAUAAGUGCGAUAAUGGAGCAACAUGUAGAGACGGAAUUGCUAAUUAUACGUGUCUGUGUAACAGUGGCUGGACUGGAUGGCUAUGCGAUAGCGACAUAAACGAGUGUGUAACGCUUAGGCCUUGUCAACACGAUGGCGUAUGCAUAAAUCUUCCCGGAUAUUUCCGUUGCGAAUGUCCAGACCAAUUUACUGGCGAUUUAUGUGAAAAUUUCCGUUUAAUUACUUGUGAAAACCAGCCUUGCAAAAACAACGGCAUUUGUACAGAUGUUGUCAAUUCUCAAACUGGUGACAAUUUCACCUGUACUUGUAUGACUGGUUACGAAGGUGCAAUUUGCGAUGUCCCUUAUUGCAUUGGACGGAAUUGCCAAAACGGCGGUAGAUGUGAUUUAUCACAACAGACGCCUCGGUGUAUUUGUCCACCCGGUUAUUCUGGACUUUACUGCGAAAUUAAUAUCGAUGACUGCGCACCAGAUGCAGAGGGAAAUAUACCAUGUAAAAACGAUGGGAAAUGCUACGACGGUGUAAAUAAUUUCACCUGCGAUUGUAGUCAUACCGGCUACACAGGACCAGAUUGUUCUAUCGAUGUAGAUGAAUGUCGCGAUCCAGCAACAGAUUGUGGUCAUGGGCAAUGUGAUAAUUUACCAGGAACUUAUCAAUGCAUUUGUGAUUUGAGUUAUUGCGGAUAUAACUGCGGAAUGAUGGAUCCUUGCAAAGAGGAUUAUUGUCAAAAUGGAGGUACGUGUACAUGUGGAGAUGAUGGCGGUUACAGGUGUCAAUGUACGCACGAUUAUACCGGACAAAAUUGUACAGAGACGGAAAAUUUUUUGGGCAGUCAAGCACUCGAUAUAGCGGUGAUCGUAGGCCCUAUCGUCGGAUGCCUGUUCCUAAUUGCUGUAGGCUCUUUGGUAGCAUUAUUCAUGAUGGCUAGAAAGAAACGAGCUACGCGAGGAACGUACAGCCCAAGUGCUCAAGAAUUCAGUAAUCCACGUGUGGAAAUGGACAAUGUGAUGAAGCCACCACCGGAAGAGAGAUUAAUCUAAGAAUUAUUUUCGUGACAAAGGAACAUAGAUGUUCCACGUCUCGAUAAAUCCUAGUCUGCCGAGAACAUACAUCAUUGCCGCAGUAUUUGUCGAUUAAAGGGGAAAAUCCGGGAAUUCGCCUUCUCGACAGAAUUGUCUUUAAACGGCAAAUGAAAAUAUAUAAGGUUUCAUCGCGCGUUUUCUAGUCCAUGCUACCUUAUCACACAGCUAUCAAAUUGACAUAAGGAGUUAAGUGAGCAAUAUAAGACACGAUAACUGAUUUUAAAGAAUUCGAAAGCGACGCUAAAGAUGAAACGCAUCAGCACUGUCUGUGAAAUUGCAAUUUCACUAUUGAAUAGAGCCUAAAAUCGAAUAUAUAUUAAAAUCAUUAAAAAAUUGAUUUUUAAGGGGGUAUAUUGCAAACGUAAGAGUAAAGUGAGGAAUGUAUUGUAAAAUUGAUGCAUUAGUCGUGUUGUUUAUUUGAACAAAUCAUAUAGAUAU